AUGGCCGCUGUAGAAGGUAUGCUCGAAGAGAUCCACGAUACACUUCCACCAAGCCACGGCCAGAAUGCCUACACUUUCGGUCGGCUCGCUGGACACAAUGUCGUUGUGGCCGCCAUGCCACAAAUUGGAAACAAUGCAGCUGCAUCUGUGGCGACGCAGCUGCUGAACGACUUUGGUUCCAUCCGCUUUGGUUUGUUGGUAGGCAUUGGAGGAGGGAUACCGGGGAAAAAGGGAGAACACGAUAUUCGCCUGGGUGACGUUGUGGUAAGCCAGGCAUCAGGGACCUUUGGUGGUGUAGUUCAAUACGACAUGGGGAAGGUGACAGCCAAGGGUAGAUUUGAGCGAGGAGGAGUCCUGUGUAAGCCACCCUCGGUACUCAGUGCCAAUGUCGAGCGUUUGAAGUCGAAGCAUCACAGACUGGGCAAUCGCUUAACAAAGUCGCUCAAUGAGAUGCUAGCGAAGUAUCCGAGGAUGGUUGCAGAGUAUAGCUACCCCGGCGACAAACACGAUCGGCUCUUUAAAUCAAGUUAUCGUCAUACUGGAGGCUCGUCAUGCCAAAAUUGCGACUUGUCACGGCUAGUACUUCGCACCAUAAGGUCAAGCCCGGAUGUGCACUACGGGACAAUCGCUUCGGGGAACACGGUAAUCAAAGACAGUUCAACUCGUGACCGUCUUCAGCGAGACUUGAGUGCCAUCUGUGUGGAUAUGGAGGCGGCUGGGGUCAUGGACACGACGCUUCCAUGCCUAGUGAUCCGGGGAAUCUGUGAUUAUGCAGAUUCACACAAGAGUAGUCGAUGGCAACCAUAUGCAGCUGCAAUUGCCGCAGCGUAUGCUAAAGAAUUGUUAACGAUGAUUCCAGUGGGAGAUGUCCAGAAGGCAAGACCGGUUCCGAUCAGCGACCCGAUUGAACCUUCGGGCAAUUCGAUGUAUGAAGUGAACCAAGUCAUGGCAGAUGCUCUACAACAUAAUGCUGAUCAGACACAGGAGCAUUUCUGA